AUGAUCAGCGAAGCAGCUAACGGCAGUGAUGCAGGUGGUCAAGGAACGGACGUGAUUAUCACACAAGCAGAGAUAGUGAUUUACGUGAUAUUUCUAGUGAUCGAGUCAACUGUCUCUAUUCUCGGCAGCGUUCUGGUCUGCGUGACCUUCACGUGUAUUAAGACUCUGAAUAGCAAGCCCACCAGUAAGCUCAUUGUCAACUUGGCCGUAAGCGAUGCGGCCAUGGGAGUCCUUGUGUUACCCUUCACCGCUGCUACUGUGGUGAACCAGGCCUGGGUCUACGGGAACGUCGCGUGCCAGAUCCAGGCGCUCAUCAAGACCUUUCUGAGUCAGGUCCAGCGAUCCACUAUGCUGCUCAUCGCGGUCGACCGCCUCCUCCGUAUCAGGUUCCGCUACAGCUACGGCAUGAGCCGGCCCAACGUCAUGCUAUGGCCCAUCCUUGUCACCUGGCUGGUGAACCUGGUCCUGGCGGUGCCGCCGCUCUUAGGCUGGGGAAAAUUCGAGUGGCUCCCCAACAAACCCUCCUGCACCAUCAACUGGCUGGCCAACUUGUCCUACUCCAUCGCCUUCCUGACGGUCUUCGGCUUCUCCAUGCAGUUCGUCAUCUCAGCCUGUUACGUGUUAAUCUUCCUGAAGGUACGCGCCAGCAGGAGGCGCGUGCAGCAAACGGCCAUGCUCAGCCUGCACGGCGAGCAGCCGUCGGCAUCGACCACAGACCGGUCGUCUUCACCGGCGCCCGCCCGGCGAAAUCCUGCCGCCAAUCCCUUCAUGUCCAAGGAAGAAAUCGCUGUGGCCCGGACCAUGAUCAUCCUCGUCACCCUGUCCACGGUACUCUCACUGCCGUACAUCGUCUGUAAUCUCAUCUCCCUCAUCUUGAACACUCAACUGUCCUACCGAAACGAGAUCGCCGUUGUCAUGACCGUGUACUUAAAUAGCUGCUUGAAUCCUGUGAUAUACGGAGUAACAAAUUCUCGUUUCAGGCAAGGAUUCCGGACUGUGGUUCGUUGCUCAUGCCGGGGUGAACGUUAA